CUACUCGUGCUGCGUCGACAUGCUGGCCCGUGCUAAGCAGCUGGCUGCCGCCGAGGAGCUCAUCGCCGCCAUGCCCGUCCCUCCCACCGCUGUCACCUGGACGGCCAUGCUGUCUGCAUGUCGUGUCCAGGGCGAUGUGCAGCGGGCCGACACCGCCGCAGCACAACUCCUCGACCUCGACCCCGCCAGUGCGCUGCCAUACGUGCUACUCCUCAGCGUCUACACCGAGGCAGGCCGGACGGAGGAAGCAACGGCAUUGAGACGGCUCAUGAGCCGCAGGGGAGUGAUGAAGAUGGAGCCCGGCACCACUAUGAUCCUCCUCGACACGGACAAGGUCGUCGGCAUGGCCAGCUCUGUGCAAGGUCAAGUCCUGGGGUGAGUCACGACACUUUAUAUGCACAUGCAUACGUCUCGUAUUGCAGGCAACCUUGCUGCUCCCCCAGUCUUAUCACUCACGUUCGAGCAGCAGUUCUCUCCCACUUGGGUGUUGAUCCCGUGGACGCGCUCGCCAAGGGAACCCUCCAGCAAAACUCCGUGGAGCUGCACGUUCACCACCACCACCACGUCUACGUGGACCAAAACCCCCGAAUGCACGACGCGUCCCGGAAGGAGUACGAAGAGCUUGCCAACACCACUCUCCUGGAUAUGCUAUGGGCUAAAAACAAGCCAUGCUACGGCAAAGUUAACAUCACGUCUCCCACGCUUGAGCAACAGACUCCUGCAGAAGGAGCUCAAGCCAAUAACAAGGGCACUGCAACUAAACAAGUGCGGCCUCACAAGCUGAAGAGGCUCUUCCCUGGGAACAAGUCAUCGCAGGGAGUAGACAAGGCUAACUUAUGCGCAACCACCAAGUCUAAAGUCCGCUGCCUCGAAGCAGCAGCGCAGGAGAGAAUUAAGAAGCUCUCUGACCUUGGAACACUGAUUGCAAGGGGAUUUCAGACAGACACCAAAGAAACCUUUUGCCAAACGCAACCAAAUGCUCCUCAUACUUCACAACAGCACAAGAAACAUACACUCAAUGAACGUUUCCAGGCUGCCGAGGCAAGCUUUGUAGCUGCUCUCAACGUACUGACCAACUAACCAGUGCUCGACCCUCAGGCGGCUAGAGACAGGCUACGUGAACUCGUGAAGGCAUGCGUAAGACAAUAUCCGCGAAAGUUUGUGCCAGAGGAGAUUCUCAGGAAGCAGAAAGAGUUGCAAGCACUGGAACGAAUUCAGAACCUUUUUAAUAACCAGAAUGACAACUCUACAGGGAUUUCUCUAAUGUCCACCUCUGUGGCAAGUCUACAAGAGAAAUCCCCUUCGCAUGGCUCGUUUGAUGUAAGUGGUUGCACUGUUGAUGAAAUUGGUGCGCAUGCAGAUCCUAACCA